AAUGCUGCAGACAUGGAGUUGUAUACAUCUUCAGUUAACGGAGUGUUAUACGCCGAAGAUACUGAAAUAAUCGCAACUAGGGAUCCCUUUUCCGCUCCCCUAGAGUCUAUAGCGCCGUGGAGCUUCACAUUUCUUGCUUGUUUGAUGUUCGUAGUGACUUCUCUAUCACUGGCAGAAAACUUCAUCGUCAUGCUAGUAACUUACAAAUUUAAACAGUUAAGGCAGCCAUUAAAUUACAUUAUAGUUAAUUUAUCUGUUGCUGAUUUUCUAGUAUCGUUAAUCGGAGGUACCAUAAGUUUUAUAACUAACUCACGUGGCUACUUCUUCUUGGGUAAAUGGGCUUGCGUACUGGAAGGAUUUGCUGUUACUUUUUUCGGAAUUGUCGCUCUUUGGUCUUUGGCAAUCCUGGCAUUUGAGCGUUUCUUUGUGAUCUGUCGCCCACUGAAAAAUGUCCGUUUGGGAGGGAAGCAAGCAGCGCUGGGUCUUCUAUUCGUCUGGGCGUUCUCCUUCAUCUGGACCGUCCCUCCAGUGUUUGGCUGGAGCAGCUACACUGUCAGCAAGAUCGGUACCACCUGUGAACCAAACUGGUACUCAACAGCCUACAGGGACCAUACUUACAUCAUCACCUUCUUUGUCACCUGCUUCAUCCUUCCUCUUGGAAUAAUUAUUGUAUCUUAUGGUAAACUCAUGAAGAAACUGAGAAAGGUGUCCAACGCUCAUGGGAGAUUGGGUAACGCUCGGAAGCCCGACCGAACAGUGGCUCGGAUGGUCAUUGUGAUGAUCAUUGCGUAUAUGGUUGGCUGGACGCCUUACGCUGCGUUCUCCAUCACCGUUACAGCCUGUCCCACCAUCCACAUUGACCCUUGCCUUGCAGCUGCUCCAGCCUUCUUCUCCAAGACUGCAGCUGUGUACAACCCUAUCAUUUACGUGUUCAUGAACAAACAGUUCAGGAAGUGCCUGAUUCAGAUGUUCAAAGGCGGCAGUACCACCAUGGACAUGACCCACUUAAACCAGACAUCAGGCAAAGGGGUCCUCACAGGCACAGCGGAGAGCCACUUCGGAGAGAUGUCCUGCAUCGCUGCCCAUGUCCCCAUGGCCCUGUGCAGCCUGGAGAAGACUAAAGAGGAUGAUGAGGAAGAAGAGCUGGACCAGAAAGAGAAUGGAGGCAAAAUGCAACUGCCUCUGUCAGAGACCCGAGUGUGUCCCCUGUAG